UGUUGAGCGAUGUAGGAUGAAGAAGCUGUUGCUGCUCCUUUGGGCUGUUGAUGUGCUCUGUCUAAUCUAUGAUGAUGAAGAGGACACUUGCACGAGGGUGUGUGGUAGCCGGCCACUAGCCAUGAGCCAUGGCAUGUUGCGGAUUGUGGGCGGGGUCGAUUCCCUGCCAGGAACUUGGCCCUGGGCAGUCAGCUUCCAGUUCCCGACCCGGCAGGGAUUCCGCCAUUUCUGUGCUGGCUCCUUGAUCAAUUCUCGCUGGGUCAUUUCAACGGCUCAAUGCUUCCUCAUUCAAAAGUACCUGAAGGUGGAGUAUUUCAGGAUACAGAUUGGGGCCACCCAGCGCUCCAAACCUGGGCCUGAUGCCCAGAACCGGGUCAUCAAGAGACUCGUGGACCACAAACGUUACGACCAGGGCAAUCACUUGAAUAACAUCGCCUUGGUAGAGCUGGACAAACCCGUGAUUUGCAACGAUUAUGUCCAGCCCGCCUGCUUGCCGGAGGAAGACCUGGUCAUAGACUUGCUCACCCACUGCUACAUCUGCGGCUGGGGCAUCACGAUCAUGCGGAAGAAGGCCCCAUAUUCGGAUAUCAUGCAAGAGGCCGAAGUGUCGCUGGUCUCCAGGGAUACCUGCAACAGCUCCGAACAGUAUGCCACCCUCAUCAGGGAGGAGCACCUCUGUGCCAUCUCGGAGGAUCCCACCAAGGGCAGCUGCCGGGGCGAUGGUGGUGGGCCCCUGAUGUGCAGGGAGUCCCAUACCGAGCGCUACUGGCUGAUCGGUCUCAACAGCUGGGGCACCGGCUGCUCCAGUGGCAGAGUGCCGGGAGUCUUCACCUCCACCCAGUUCUUCCUCACCUGGAUCAAAGACAUCAUGGCGAACCCCCCUGCCUCUGGUCUUUCUCCUCCAUUCAGACCAACCACCCCACGCACCCCCACUCCUCCACCCCCAAGCCGGUUCACGGGAGCGUAUUACCUCAACCCCAUUUACAAAAAGGUCAACGGGAGGCUAGUCGGGUACUUCCCCGCAGCCAACACGUACAGCCUUCCAACACGCCAGUGGGGUGUCAAACUCACCACCAGGCCCAGGUACACAGGACCCCCCAAGAAAUUUACACCCUUCACCUUCUUUCCGAUGACACCCCAGUGGGCCACUCCCACUACCGCCUUCCUAGGCUGGGGCAUGGGACCUAGUAUAAUUUAUAGGAUGCCCCGGAAAAGGUUCACAGCUGCUCCUUACACCACGCAAUUUCGCUGGCCUAGGCCUCAUUACUGGAACAGGCCCAAACUUUAAGGAAACCAGGGACUUCCAUCCCAUCAUGGCCCAGAUGAAGCAUCCGUGACCAGCAUCCUUCUGGUGUAAUCCCUACCACCCAGCUCCUGAACUUUUGACAACCUGCGUCCUGUUUUUCAUUCGCCCCAUAUUUUAUCAUUUAUCAGAUUUCUGUAGCCACUUUUAUAAAUGCGCCAUUGGAAACAGAGUUGGCACCUAGCUCCUGCCCCAAGCUCCAACGCCAGCCAAAUUUCGGAAGGCUUAGGAACAUGGUUGCCAACUUUCUUCAUGAGCCCAGAGAAGAUCUUCAGGCAACCUUAGGGCGCAAAUGGCUGGUUUCAUGGCGCAGGAGCCAAUGUCCUGGCAAACAUCUACCCAGCCUGUACUCCCAUUUCUGGAAGGAGAAAGAGCUUCACCAGAGCCCCCCUGGCUUCACACCAUCACCUUGGUUAGCUGAGACCCAAUGAAUUCUGGCAGAUGUCCUCCUGUAAAAACACACCCAAAAUAAAGUGUUUCCUUCCAGAAAA